AUGGAGACAUCUACUUGGGAUGCUUUGAAUAAUUCAAUCAAAGAACUGAGUGCUGAAGAGCAACAAGCUAUCAGAAAUGUUCUUGAAAAGGAUUUGGAAUUUCAACAAUCGGAACAGAAUCGGAUUCGAUCCUUGUCAACAUGCGUGGCUAUCAAGAAAACAAGUCUCCAAGAAAAGAGACGUGCUAGCUCUGUUGCUGGAUCAGAAUCAUCUGAAAGUGGACUUUCUUCUCCUGGAAAUAUUUCUCAUGGUCGCACUUCUCCUCUUCCUAAAUGGAAUAAUCGAGUCUGUUCUAUCUGUCAGUGUACACUGGGAUACAUUUUAAAUAGUGGAACUAAGUGUAAAAAGUGUUCUACUCCUCUCUGCGACAAAUGUGCCCAUUCAGUGUCCAGUGGAACAUCUCAGAAUCCACAAAAAUACAGUCUUUGCACAGUUUGUUAUAGUGAACGAGAGCUAUCAGCAGCAAAGAACGAAUGGGUUCAAGGAUCGGAUGAAGCUGAGAAAACAUCUGAAAAACUUCUGAACGCAAUGAAAUUUUCAGAAAAAAGAAAUUCAGUUCAGAUUCCAGCAACACCGCCAGCUAUCAACAAAGGGAAAGCUCCGUAUAAAAGAAAUCUCACACUUCCUGCAAUUCAAACCAACUACUUGAGUGUUCCUGAUGAAGCACCAGGCGUCGUCCAAUCAGCUGGCGGCAACUCAAAUUUCUCUCCCAAAUUCUGGGGAGGAUCUCCUUCUCCGAGAAGUCCAAGAUCAUUCUCGUCAGCUAAUUCUUCUAACAUGUCUAUCAACUCUCCAGCUCCAAAUGAUUCCCUCCGUGCUCUCCAUCCGAGAGAACCAAUCGGAAGUCCAGCUCCUCGUCCAAUGUCAAGUACUCCGUUAACUGGAGUUCCAGAAGAUUCAACCAUUCAAAUUCCAACUGUUGAACGCCGUCGAAGCGCAUUCGAAGGAACCAGAAGGUCAGGAAAACUUCGCCGUCAAAGUGAAGCAACAGUCCCCACUUUUCAGUUGAGCAUGUGUUAUAGAGAUCCUCGGAAAUUUGUCGAAGCAGUUCUUCAUUACGACCGUAAUCGAUCCUUUUUGGCUGUUCAUGUUUUGUUGAUCAGAUCGGAAAAAGAAAAAGGAAGGCGUCCAGAGUUUGAGGAAUAUUUGCAUUUGGAGAUGGAGUUCCGUCGUAAAUGUAGCAAAUCCGCAAUGCGUCACAAAUCUCAAAAACGUAAAACGGUUGCAAAUCAGGACGUUGAGAAAAUGAAUGAGAUAUUCAAAUUUCCACGUGUCUCUGAAACUGCACUAAUGGAUGGAAGUCUCAAAAUUUCCUGCAUUGUUUCUUUCAAAAACGGAAAUCAAAGAUGCUUCGAGGGUUCAAUAUAUGUGAAAGAGUUGUGUGGAUUGAGAAAUGGAACUAAAGUUUUCAAAUUCAUUGAGUUGGCCAAUAUUAGAUUAUAUAGCAUUGACGAGGAAGAUGAAAUUCCAGAGUACGAUUGGAUUAUUUCGGUGUAG